ACGGAGCUAGAGGAGAAGCAGCUGUGCAGUGCUUCCUGGCUGGACUCAGCAGGAGCAAGCUUGGCUGGACGCCUUGCGCGGUGUGUCUGCGAUUACAAUGACAGCGUGUCCUGAGGAGGCAGCAGCAGGCAGGCCGAGAAUCCCCCUGGGCAUCCCUCCCUCCCCCUUUGUCUAGGCUUCGCAAAGCAGCCACUGACGCUGCGUUCCUGCCAGAGCUGCGAAGCAGGGCCUCCCGAGCGCAGCUGGGAGAACCGCACAGGCACACUCAAUGUGUCCCUUUUUGCCACAGUGUUGACAUACCAGGUCCUUACACCAGCAUUCUGAUGCAUAGUGACCUGGCUUACCACAGCGAUAACAUUCCUGACUCCCCACAGUUUUGUGAGUCGGUUCUUGUGACACCUUAUGAACCCUAGGGCAUGCACCGAUGGAUUGCGUCUCCUUUGUAGCCAGUUCCAUGGAGAUUGCAAAAUCAAUGGCCUUCUGUAAGGUCCCUGCCAGCCUCUGAGGAAUGGCUGCUGACAUUCACAAGAAGAAAGGCUGGGAAGUCCCCAACGGGUCCUUGGUGCCAGCAGAUGGGCAACCCACAGAGAGGUCGGAGAGCCCCACCCCAGGGCUGGCUCAGGGCAUGGAACCAGGGGCAGGCCAGGAGGGGGCGAUGUUUGUUCACACCCGGUCCUACGAGGACCUGAUGAGCCCUGAGGAUGGAGAUGUCAUGUCCAGGAGCCCUGAGGAAGGGCGAGGGGACCAGGGAGACCAGACCAGCAUGGAACAGAUCAGCAAGGACUUCAGUGAGCUUAGCACACAGCUGACGGGCAUGGCGUUAGACCUGGAGGAGGAGAUGAGGCCGAGUCAGGAGGACAAGAUGGAUCUCUCGCUGCAGACUGCCCGGAGAGACUCAGCUCGGUCGGAGAAAGAGGACGAGGACGUGACCAUGGAGGCCUGGCGCAUGCAUCAGAAGCAUGUGUUUGUGCUGAGCGAGGCGGGCAAGCCAGUGUAUUCCCGCUACGGCUCAGAGGAGGCACUGUCCAGCACCAUGGGAGUGAUGAUGGCCCUGGUGUCCUUCCUGGAGGCAGAGAAGAAUGCCAUCAGGUCUAUCCAUGCAGACGGCUACAAAGUGGUCUUUGUGCGCCGGAGCCCCCUGGUGCUGGUGGCCAUGGCUCGGACGCGGCAGUCGGAGCAGGAGAUCACUCAUGAGCUCCUCUACAUCUACUACCAGAUCCUCAGCCUGCUCACCUGGACCCAGCUCAACCACAUCUUCCAACAGAAGCAGAACUAUGACCUACGCAGGCUGCUAGCGGGCUCCGAGCGCAUCACCGACAACUUGCUGGACCUGAUGGCUCGGGACCCCAGCUUCCUGAUGGGUGCCGCGCGCUGCCUGCCAAUGACAGCGGGGCUCAGGGACACCGUGAGCACCUGCCUCCAGCAGGCCAAGGCCAAAAGCCUAGUGUUCUCCAUCCUGCUGUCCAGGAACCAGCUGGUGUCUCUGGUGAGGAAAAAGGACCAGUUCCUGCAUCCCAUUGACCUGCAUUUACUCUUCAACCUCAUUAGCUCCUCCUCCUCCUUCCGUGAGGGUGAGGCCUGGACUCCUAUCUGCCUGCCCAAGUUCAACUCCAGCGGCUUCUUCCAUGCCCACAUCUCAUACCUGGAGCAGGACAUGGACCUGUGCCUGCUCCUGGUCUCCACCAACCGUGAGGACUUCUUCACUGUCUCCGACUGCAAGCGCCGGUUCCAGGAGCGCCUGCGGAAGCGUGGCGUGUCCCAUGCCCUGCAGGAGGCCCUGCGCACCCCCUUCUACAGCGUUUCCCAAGUGGGGAUCCCGGACCUCAGACACUUCAUCUACAAAUCCAAGAGCUCAGGUCUCUUCACCAGCCCUGAGAUUGAGGCUCCCUAUGUCAGUGAGGAGGAGAAGCAGAGACUGCUGGAACUAUACCAGUACCUACACAGCCGUGCCCACAACUCCUCCCGCCCCCUGAAAAACAUCUACUUCACAGGACCCAGUGAAAAUCUUCUGGCUUGGGUGACCAGUGCCUUUGAGCUGUACGUGUGCUACAGCCCCCUGGGGACCAAGGCAGCCGCUGUCAGCGCUGUCAACAAGCUGAUGAAGUGGAUCCGCAGGGAAGAGGACCGACUUUUCAUCCUGACACCGCAGACCUACUGAUGGGUGCUGUGCCAUGCCAGCCAUGCCCAGAGGAUUCCUGGCUCUGAUCAGAACACCCCCCGGGGCAGGCCCCGCCCUCCCAGUGUGCGUGGGGGAUGGUGGGAAAGGGGCACCCUUUGGAAGCAGAGUCCUCUGCCCCCCAACGCAGGGAAAGCACAUUAAUAGGGCUGUUAAAUAGCAGAUUUUAGAGACCCUAAAGCUUCCCAAGUUGCCUGGCACUGUGACCAGGACUCAGUGGAGACCCCUGCUACUGAGGGGCCGCCCCACCUGGACACGCAUUCCCCACUACAGCCUCCAGCCAGUGCUUCUACCUCACCUGCCACUUCUCAGCCUCCCCACACCAUCCUGCUUCCCUACCCUGUUGGGACACUCUUCAUUCCUGGGGUAUAUCUCUCAGUCUAGGGGAGUAGGGGGAUCCCCCUGUUGCUAGCUGCCUCCAUGGUGGGGCAGGGGAGGGGUAGGUACUCAGUCUGCACUGGGCUCCUAGGACCCCUGGUUCCUCCUGUAGCACCUCCCCUCUUUUCUCCAUCACUAGACUAUUCCCAGAGUGCUGAGGUGGCAUCUCCACCACCCCAGACCCACCCCGCUAUCCCUGGCCUCCAGGUCUCUGAGCCAGGGGUCACUGCCUGUGCACCGCAGAACCUGCUGGCUCCACCUCUGCCCCAGUUAUCUGCCAGGCUCAGGCAUUCUGCCUGGGUCCCCAAGGGACAGGUUCUCAGGAGUGUUGGUGGGCAGGGCACACAGGGCAACCUGCCAUGAGCAGGAAGGGCUGUACUGCCCAGCGGCUUGGCCACUUGGUGUCGUCCCUCUCCCUGCUGUCUUCCAGCUUUCCCCUGCUCCUGGCAUCUUGAUGCCAGCAUCUCCCAGCCAGGCCCUUCACAGACCUGUUGGAGGCCUGGGGGGCAGGGAGCACCCAGACAGGAAGAACAGGCCCUUUGGGCUCCAAAGUGAGGAGGCCCUCACGUUGCCUUGUGUUGGCCUAGUCACUCUGGGGAGGGCAGGGUGGCUGGGUCCCCAACCCCAGAAGGAUUCGCCCUCAGGUCUCCGUUAGUCAGUGCUGGCCUCUCCCACCCCCAGGUAUUCCCUAGAUCUCGCCCAAGCCCGGAUCACAGGCAGUUUGCCUGUCCCUGCGGCUGGGUUUUCAGAGCCAGCUCGGCAGCUGAUCUGUGUUCAUGACCAUGGCACCGGAUCCUGGGAUGGAGCUGGAGAAGGAAACCAACACCACUGAAUAAAGGCUGCAGAGAAA